AUGGAAGAAAUAGAAUUGUAUGUCCUCGAAAAUAAGGUAAGGUUCGAAAAGUGGUUACAAACCCAAGCAGGAAAAUAUCAAGGCCAAGCCAAUGUGAUAAGUGAUCAUAGAUCGAGUAUGAGUAAAAGUAGCGUUGCAGAAAGUGUAACCCAAGCAAUACAUGACCACCAAUUGAAAUUAAAAGAGCUCGAAGAGGCUGAAGGGUUUAGUAAGCCUUAUGAUUCCAGGCGAUACUGCUUACGUGACAACAGAACAUAUGAUGAAGACAAAUAUCAAGGCCGGAGUGUAAAUGCCUGUAAAUAUGGAGACCUUCCAGAUGUGCCCAAUUCAAAUUUCAUAGAAAAGAUGGAAUCAUUCGUCAAAGAACUACGAAAACCCAACAUGGAUAUUAGGCCAUUUGAUGGUAAUUCUCUCGACUUCAAUAGAUUUAUGAGACAAUUUCGUACAAAGGUACUUAACUACUGCACUUCCUAUGAUGAACGUUUAAACUACUUAGAACAAUUUACCUCAGGGGAAGCAAGGGAAAGAAUACAGGAAUUUAUGAGCCUGAAUCCAGAAAAGGGUUACGAGGCAGCCUUAAAAGAACUUGAGGAUUGUUAUGGGAAUAAUGACGCUGUAGCUCAGGCUUAUAUCAAGAAGGCUCUAGAUUGGCCAGUAAUCAAGGGAAACGAUGUAAAAGCUCUUGACAAAUUGUCCAUAUUUCUCACAAGAUGUAAGUAUGAUAUACUAAGCAUGGAUUCAGUUAAAACUUUAGAAAACCCAGAUAACAUGAGAAGACUUGUUAUGAAAUUGCCAUACAGCAUGCAGGAAAGGUGGCUUACAAUUAUCUGCAAUAAGGGUGAAACUUCUAAGCCUAUAGUAUUUUCAGACUUGGCAGAGUUCGUUUCCAGGGAAGCCAAGAAAGCCAGGCAUCCCAUAUAUGGUAGGGAUCGACUAAACGAAGGUAAAACUAAUAACCCUAAGAUAAGGCAAGUAUUUGCUACACAAGUCCAAGAAAGAGAAAUUAACAGAAGUAGUGAUAAAGACUACCAAAAUAAAUGUCAUCACUGUAAGGGAAAUCAUAGGCUACUUAACUGUAAAAGGUUUAAGGAACUCGAAUAUAAAGGGAAAGUUGAACUAAUAAGGGAAAAGAAAUUGUGCUUCGCAUGCUUAAGAACUGGUCAUAAUAGCUCUCAAUGUUUCAAGAAGGAAAUUUGCCUUAAGUGCAAAUUAGAACAUCCCACAAUAAUGCAUGCGGAGAGAAUGUUUGAUAAGGCUAAACAGAAUACACCACUACAGGACGAAAAUAAGAAUCUAAAGGCUGAAUUAGAGAAAUUAAAAAUUGAAAACAUGACAUUACAAAAAAGGUGUGAACAACAAGAAGCUCAAAAUACCAAAGAAGUGGUAAAUGUAAAUGCAGAAGCUUGUCAUACAUUGUCAAAGGGAACAGAUAAAAUGGCCACAUUAGCAAUCAUACCAGUAAAAGUUAAAAGGAAGAAUAGUCACAAAACCAUACAGACACUAGCAUUCCUAGAUCCAGGUUCAACUACAACUAUUUGUUCGGAGAAACUAAUGAAUGAGCUGGAAUGUAAGGGAAAAAGGGUCACAUACAACUUAGAGACCCUUACUGGGAAAAGGAAGGUAAGCUCAACGGUACUGAAGGAUAUACAAAUUAGCGCCUUGACAGGAAACGAUCUGGUAGCCUUAUCAAAUGUUCAUUCUCAGGACAAUAUAAAUAUUUGCAAAGGGUUUAUGCCUUCAAGGGAAGACUUAAAUAAAUGGUCACAUUUAAAGGACUUAGAGAUUCCACAAUUCGAUGGAGAAGUAAAUCUAUUGAUCGGAAACAAUAACCUAGAAGCAUAUAGACCAUUAGAAAUUAUAUCAGGAGAAGAAUAUUGCCCAAUUGCUGCCAAAACAAGAAUAGGUUGGGUACAAUGGGGUCUUCUGAAAUGA